AUGUUGUUAACCGAUUUUAUCACGGACUUACAUCUGUUGAACAAUAAAAUCAAAUCGGACUAUUCUAAGAAGAUGAAUCAGUUCAUUCAUAAGCUUUCACAUUUCUUUACCAUCUACACAUUAAUUCUAUUUGUAAUUGCAGGCAUAACUUUUAAUUUGGGUCCACUUCUCCUUAAUAUAUUCAACUUAAACAAAAAACAUAAAGAUCCAUUGUCUACUAACAUCACAUACAAACACGCCAUUUAUUUUGCGCUGCCUUUUGAUUACGAGCACAAUUUAACAGGAUGCGUUGUAGUAUAUGUAAUCAACAUUUAUUACUCAGUAACGUGCGCUAUGGUAUUCACUAUUUAUGAUUUGCUAAUUGCUUUAGUAGUAUUUCAUUUAUGGGGACACAUAAAAAUACUGAUCGACAAUUUAGAAAAUUUUCCAAGACCUGGAUUCACAGGGCAAGGUUCAAAUGAUACUGCAUCAAUAAAUCGAUAUACAAAAGAGGAUAUGCCAGAAGUAACUAAGAUAUUGAGAACUCUAAUAAAAUGUCAUAAAUUUACGAUCAAAUAUAACAAUAAAAUCUCAGACUCCGUUGGUGUAAAUGUUGCAAUUUAUUUCACAUUUCACCAAAUCAGUGGAUGUCUGCUGCUUUUACAAUGCUCACAAUUGAAUAUUCAAAAUCUGAUUAGCUUCAUCCCCUUGACGAUUGGUCUCAGCGAACUUUUGGUGCGAAUGUCUGUUGUCUUCGAAGUUAUCAAAUCAAUGUCAGAUCCCCUAAUGCGAGCUGCAUACAAUGUUCCCUGGGAGUGUAUGGACGUAAAGAACAGAAAACUAGUGCUGAUGAUGCUGAGAAUGACUCAAACACCAAUGGGUUUGAAGGCUAUGGGGAUGGUGGACGUUGGAGUUCAGACCAUGGCUACGAUAUUAAAAACAACAUUCUCAUAUUACAUGAUGUUACGAGCACUUGAGAAAAAUUAG